AUGGUCAAUGAAGAGCCUUAUGAAUCAUUAAGGGGGCAGCUGAAGCUCCUCUAUUGUCAGCUAGCUUAUCCCAAAUUCGAUAUGACAAUUAAUGGACUUGGUUACACAGGUCCUCCUUGGGUGAGAACUAGAGAAGAUAUGAAGUCUUGGCAAAACCCUACAUAUUUGUGGCAGGUGGUGGUUUACCGUCGCUUUGUAGUGUCUGCAUAUUUAAGAAUCCGGUUCAAAAAGAAAGGAAAAGGAUUAGCAACAGCGGCGGUGGAGGAGAAACCCCGAUUCCUUGAGGUUGACUACAUUAUUACCGAAGAAGUGACGGGGUAUACAAACACUUUGAGACAAUUAAGGGUGAUGUUGAGGGCACAAGGAGGUGAAAUAAGUGGAAUUCACACUCUGCCAAGUGAAGCUGGGAAAGAUAAAACAUUAUAUAAUAAGGUGGAGCUGGUGUCUUUGAAGCACCAUAAAGAGAGAGCACAAGAGAUACAUAAACAUUUUGCCAGUCGUAACCUUCGUAAAAGAGUAGAGAAGCAUGAAAUUCGACCCUAG